AUGGGACGUCCGACGUCUGGGGGCGUGCAGAUGCAACAGCCCAAGCUCCGCAAGGGGCUGUGGUCGCCCGAGGAAGACGAGAAGCUCUACAGCCACAUCCUCCGGUACGGCGUCGGCUGCUGGAGCUCCGUCCCCAGGCUCGCCGGGCUGCACCGCUGCGGCAAGAGCUGCCGCCUCCGCUGGCUCAACUACCUCCGCCCCGACCUCAAGCGCGGCACCUUCUCGCAGGAGGAGGAGGACCACAUCGUGGCGCUCCACCAGAUCCUAGGCAACAGGUGGUCUCAGAUCGCGUCGCACCUGCCGGGCCGGACGGACAACGAGAUCAAGAACUUCUGGAACAGCUGCAUCAAGAAGAAGCUCCGCAAGCAAGGCAUCGACCCCGCCACGCACAAGCCCAUGGCCGCCGGCAUGAUCACGGCGGCCACCGCAGCAUUGCCUGACGCGGAAGCGGUUGACCGUAAGCCCCUUGCCGCGGCGGCCGACGGCAGCCUCGCUCCGAAGCAAUCGCCGGAGUUUGACCCGUUCCCGGUGUGCGCCGACUACGGCGGCGGGUUCGCCGGCGACCUCGGGGCCGCGAACGCGACCGCACUGUACGUCCAGUUCGGCGACUGCAAAGACGGCGCGCACGGCGACACAGGGUUCGGCGCGGCGGACUACAGCUGCGUGCUGGACGUGUCGGAGAACCUGGGCUACGGGGAGAGCUCGAGCAACAGCAGCAACUGGAACUACGGCGGCGAGGUGGGCAGCGUGCUCGACGGCGAGGUGCUGCACUGGGCAAAGGCGGAGAUGGAGCGGCAGCACGACGAGCCGCCGGAGCACAAGUUCGCGCUGCCCUGCCAAGAACAGAGCCUCCUCGCAAAUUUCGAGUUCAAUUUGGAACAAUACUUCUGA